ACAUCUGUGAUUUCUGGGUGUUUCCCAACACAUACUGUAUACGCGUAAAUCUCGCAGAUUUUUUGUUGUGCUGCGGAAUGUUUUUAAAAAGUGCCAAUUAAGCGAGGGAGACCAUGUAAACUGGACAUAAUCAGCAAAAUCGCAGUAACUAUUCACUCGGAGGAUGUACUUUCCAGUAGGAUGGCCCAAGCGGGUGAGCCUGGCACUGCCCGGCGAAAGUGCAAGCAUACGACAUAUCUGCUGUGAUGCCGUCAAAAUACUCGUGGCCGCCGUGGGAGACGAUUUCCUGGGUAUCUGGUACGCGAGCCCGCUCAUCCCAAUCGCAUACUUUCGGCGCUCGACAGACUCCCUCCAGCAGUAUGGCCCGAGCCAACUAGUCGUGUGGAAACCCGACUCUCGUCAGCUAGUUAUACUUACGGCCGCAGGCGCCCUCCUCCUGUAUCAGCUAGAUUUCGACGCCAAUGGAAGUGGGAUCCUACAACAGGUCGACCCUCCCGCGGCAAGUCUGAAGCGGGACUCGGCGGAGCUGUUCAUCAAGGAGAACAUUCCACGGUUGAGCCUGCGCGAGGUCUGCUGCGUGACUCUUGGGUCCGUUAUAACGGCGGUGUGUUGCAUUAGCCUGAGCGAACUACUUCUAGCCACGCAGUCCUGUGAGCUCCUGCGUCUGCAGUGGGCGCAGCUAGAGCUGGCGGACAAUGAAAUACAGUUGCCUGCCUUGUCCGCCAUCCAGUUGCGCGAGAUUCCUUUCUACGUCCAGCAACAGCCGCAUCAAGCAACAGCCCGUAAUGUGCCACCAAUGGGAAGAGAUUCGUAUGUGGCUUCCUUGGAGUACUCACCUUUUAUUGGAGGGUGCGCAGCCGUUUUCAGUGAUCGUCGCGCUGCCUUUCUUGUCGCCAGCCAUCUGCGCUUCGACACCACCCACAUGCACGGAUUUUGGGUACCUGACGUAGAAGACGCGAGUGUAUGCAGUGUUAACCACAAGUUCCGGCUACUGGCAUACGGGCAGGAAAGCUCUGCAGUUCAUGUGUACGCUAUAGAUGAUGCCACUGGCGGCUUGGAGUUUUCCCACCGCCUUAUGCUUACCGAGAACGUGUUGCCGGACAGCCUUGGAGCUGUCAACGAGCUAAAGUGGAGUCCCGACGGCUGCGUGCUGGCAGUGAGCUGGAAAAACGGUGGUUUGUCGCUGUGGAGCACCUUUGGCGCGCUUUUGAUGUCCACUCAGAGCUGGGACUUUGGUCUUAAUGUAGAUCUGUUGCGGCACAAUCCACUUAAGCUGCGUCGCCUGGAAUGGUCCACUGAGGGCUACCAGCUAUUUAUGCUCACGCAGAAGCCGUCAGAAGGGCAGGAAGAAACCGAAAAAAACCAGAGCAAUGUUCUGCAGCUGCAAUUUGUGAAGAGCGCGCUUAGUAUGAACCCGUGUAUGACGGCCAACCCCCACAUCCUGCUACAGGGAGAAGAUUGCUUGUACCUCAACCAGGGCAAUAACCUAGAGAGGACGUACGCCGGCAGCCAGGCCACAUUUCCUUCGAGCGGCUCAGGGGCAGAACAGGCUACGGAUGAUGACUGCUUGGAGCUUAAGCAGAGUCCCCACACUGGAAGCAUUCUCACCGAGAGCAAGUACUGGACGGUGCUCCAACUGCCGCUGAACUAUGCGGCAACCAACUGGCCCAUUCGAUACGCCGCGAUCGACCAGGAGGGACUGCACUUGGCGGUGGCUGGGCGCACUGGUCUCGCCCAUUACUCACUGGUGUCCCGCAGGUGGAAGUUAUUUGGCAACGAGUCCCAGGAGAAGGACUUCGUGGUGUCCGGCGGCCUCCUUUGGUGGCAAGGUUUUGUGGUCAUGGGCUGCUACUCCCUUCUGGAUCGAACGGAUGAACUGCGCUGCUACCCGGCGGAGUGCAAGUUGGACAACCAGUUCGGCCACAAGGUGCAGGUGCGCGCACCGGUUAUCAGUCUGAACUCGUUCCGGCACCAGCUGAUCGUGCUCACUGCCGACGGUAUAGUUAGUCUCUUUAAUAUGACUAAAAAGUCGGCAUACGCCCUUGACAUCGAGUGUGCCUAUGAGCUGGAUGUAAAGAGCAUCUGCAUCCAUCCGGCCUGCAUUGUGAGUCUUACGGUGACGAAUCUCAGGAACGAGUUUAAGCCGCAAGGCCAGCUUCCGACGGGUGCGGAACAGGCCGAGACGAUCAUCGUGAAUGUGUGCGGUCGCAUCCUGAUGAUCCAGCGUGAUUCCAGCGAACAGGUUCCCAACACUCUCCUGGCCACCUGCUUAGCCAGUUGCGUGGAGGUAUUUUGGCUUUCCCACUCCCUGGAGCGCUGCGCGAUGCGCGACUGUCUGUGGCUCUAUUCGGGAGCACACGGAAUGCGAGUGUGGUUGCCUAUUCUGCCGCCCGGCAGAGAGCGACGUGAGGGCGAUCAGGUUGGAGCUCAACGACUACACAGCUUUAUGUCCAAGCGGAUCAUGCUGGGAUUUCCGUUGAAGCUUUACCCUUUGGUCGUGCUCUUCGACAACGUAAUCGUCCUCGGCGUGGAGAACGAGAGCACUUUGUAUGCCAGCGAGCAGGGCUCUCACUUCUCGCUUCCAUUCGCCCUCAUGGAACGCAAGUCGCAGGUCUACCUCCACAAGGUUCUGCGCCAGCUAAUUAAACGGAAUCUCGGCUACUCGGCGUGGGAGAUCGCUCAGUCCUGUCGAUCGCUUCCCUACUUCCCCCAUGCUCUGGAGCUGCUCCUGCACGAGGUGCUUGAAGAGGAGGCAACAAGCAAACAGCCAAUUCCAGACGCCCAGCUGCCCAGCGUGCUAGAUUUUAUUCGGGAGUUUCCAGUCUAUUUGGAGACCAUUGUCCAAUGUGCUCGCAAGACGGAAAUCGCCCUUUGGCCGUACCUCUUCUCGAUGGCAGGCAAGCCCAAAGAGCUGUUCCAGCUUUGCCUGCAGUCCGAGCAACUGGACACCGCUGCCAGCUACCUAAUAAUCCUGCAGAACCUGGAGCCCUCCGUGGUUAGCAAGCAGUACGCCACCAUGCUGCUGGACAUCGCGUUGCAGCAGCGCAAAUGGGAGUUAGCCAAGGAUCUGAUUCGAUUCCUGAAGGCCAUCGAUCCCAACGAGAUUGACUCGCCGCGCUCCUCAAUGGUGGUGAACGUGAAGAUCGCACCUCCCCCGCAGGUUAGCCAACAGCAGCAAGUGAACCAGAAUGCGGACGCAUUCAACAUGGUAUUGGGUCCCAUUGCGAGGGAGCGCAGCUUCUCCACAACGGUGACUAGCAACUUGCCGAAGGACAAGCAGACGCCGACUACGGGAGCGACUCCAGCGACAGAAACGAGCAGUUCGGGCGCACCCACAGUGGUGCGCCGCCGAUCCACCAAGCAGCGGGAAAUUUUCUGCAUCGACCUGAUCCUUCAGAGACAUGCUCGCCAACUGCUGCAGAACCACAAGCUGAUAGAUCUGGGCCACAUGUGCGCCUACCUGGACUUUCAUCUGGUCACCUGGCUUUCGCAGGAGGUGGAGCGUGCCGCCAAGCUAGAGGACUUCGCACGAGCUCUGCAAACGCUGCACGAAGAACUGCAGCUUCCAAUACCCUUCCCGCCUCCCUCUAAGGAUGACUUCGACCAGCUCCGCGGCAGCCGACAGGCGGGCGGAGCGGGAUCGUCGCAGACCUCGGAGUCGGGCUAUUUCAGUCUAGCCACUCCCAAUGGGGCGGCAACGCAGUCCCCGCAGCUGCAGCCAAGUAUUAAGGAAGAGGAGGAGGACCUGCAGCAGCCUAGCUCGCUUCCCGUGCUGAAGACGCGUUCCGGAUCGCAGCUCUCGUUCGACAACUUCCGAUACCGACGACUCUAUUCGCUGCCUGCUUCUGAAGACGACCUUGCCGUGAAUCCGCUGCCCGAAAAGCUGUCCAUUAAGCUGCGUUACUUGCUGCAGCUAUUCAUCGAGGCAAACUGUACGGACUACGCCCUGGUGCUCUCGAUCUUGCUCCAGGAUGCCGCUUCCAUUUCCCGCAUCGUAAAUGGGAUCAUCCGGAGCGAGUCGGUCCUCACCUGUCGGCGAAUGGAAGCUGCUCUGAAGCAACUGAGUCAGAGCACCUUCGAGCACAGCGGGUCUCUCUACCGAGGAUUUGUGCUAACCCUUCAGCCGCACAUCUAUCUUCUGGAGCAGUACAUCCAAUCCCUGGGCGACGUCUCCUGUGCGCCGCUACGUGAAACCAGUACGAGUAGUGAUCAGGGCGCGGACUCUGGCACCGGCCUCAAUGAAGAUGAAGUGGAUGAUUUUGUGCCAAAUCGGGCGGCGCAGCAAGUGAACGCCAACCAGUGGUCGGUGGCGGACUUGCGGCCAAAUCACCAGAGACUGACGCGACACGCCAGCCUCGAGUCGAACGGAAACGUGCCGGCGGCAGGCGGCGGAACUGCCCAGUCCACCCCGACACAGCGGCAGUUGCCCCGGCAGAAUAGCCGGGAGCGGGAGGGAUGCCGUGUCAUGUAAGCAGUCUCCCUGCUCAGAUCUAGGACGUAAUACGCAAUACGUACUUUAUGUGCAUGUCUUUUGUAAAUUCGUGAUGAAAAGCGUUAUGUUGCUGUAACUUGUUGAAAUUUUCCGUUAAUUGUAAGCGAACGUACACACUCUCACAGGGCGGAGGAGAGCCGGACUGCAAGCCGAAGAGGAGGUGGGACAGAGCCAAUCCUC